CUCAACUGGAAGUAAAGGGUUAAUUUAAUGAGAGGCUUUUAGGUAAUUCAAAAAUUGACUAACAAGAACCUGCCCAGGUCAAAACCCUAAAGGGGAUCAAAAGAAGGAGAAGAGAUUGAACCUGAACCGGCUUUUCUUUCCUACCUUCACUUCCUCUCUCCGGUGUCCCAGGUCGCCGCCACAGCGAAUCCAUACAUGGAAGAGACCGAAGGUAGCUUAUCGAAGCCAGUAGCAGUGAUUGCUUGCAUCGCCAUGACAUUGUUCUAUGUUGCUAUUCUCUAUGCUCCUACUCUGAUCCUCCGCCUCCCGCCUCCGCAAUCCUACGAGAAUUUCAUGAUCCGACGCUUCAUUUGCGCCGCCGUUUGCUCUGUCGCGUCCGUUAUUUUCUGCGCUCUCGUUCUUCCAAUAAGAAAUGGGGAGCCAACUUACUCGACUGCGGUUUAUGGCAUUCGAUCGGAUCAUUUUUGGCAAGCAGUGGUAUUUCCUCUGUUCUUGACUUCUCUUAUGUAUGCUGGAUCCCUGAUGCUCAAGUCUAUGUUAUUGCUGAAUAAGUGGAAGGAGCGUAGGCAUCAGUAUGGAGAGCCACUGCUCGGUUGUAUCAAAAGUACCCUUCUAGGCUUCCCGGGCCAGAUGUCUUCAGUAUCUUCAAAUAUUUUAUUCUGGAGGAAUUUCGUUGUGGCACCAGUAACAGAAGAGUUGGUGUUUAGAGCAUGUAUGAUUCCUUUACUUCUUUGUGGGGGAUUUAAAGCCUACGAAGUCGUUUUUCUCUGUCCUACUUUCUUCAGUUUAGCACAUUUGAACCAUGUAAUGGAGAUCUACAGUCUGCAUCAUUAUAGCUUGCUUAAAGCCUCCAUGGUUGUAGGUCUCCAGCUUGGCUACACUGUUGUCUUUGGUUCAUAUGCUUCAUUUCUCUUCAUUCGAACAGGAAACAUUGUUGCUCCUUUAGUUGCUCAUGCAUUUUGCAAUUAUAUGGGAUUGCCAGUGCUCUUUGUUCAGAGGAAAGGGCUAGUUAGCGCUGCAUUCGUGACCGGAAUGAUAUCAUUUGUGGGGCUUUUGUGCCCUUUAACACGGCCCGACCUAUACAAUGAGAAUACAGAUAAUUGCAGAUGUUGGCAAGGAUAUUGCUCAUGGAAUUAAAACACCUUUCCCCUCAAAGGAUGGGAAAAAUCAUGAUCAGGAUGACGGACCGUAAGCGAUGGGAAUCGGGUGUGCGUCUACGAUCGACAUGAAGUAUUGACUAGAUGGAACGGUAAUGGUAUAAGCAAAUGAUGAAAUGAGUGUAAUUAGGCAUUAGAAGCAUAUGUACUAUGGAGCCAUUUCAUUAUCAAAUCUUAUUGUACUCUUU